AUGGUUUCCGGGCUGAUAAACGCCAAUCCCGUCGUCUAUGAAAAGAAAGAGCGGCGGGAACGGCCUACUUCUAUCCCCGAUGCCGACGAGUAUUCUGCUGAGGCCAUCGACCAGCUGGAAGUAGACAUAAAGGAUCCAGAACACCCUUAUUCAUUGGAGGAGCUUAAGGUUAUAUCAGAAGAUGCGAUCGAAGUGGAUGACAGGCGUAGUUAUGUUAGGGUGACAUUUACUCCGACAGUCGAGCAUUGUAGCAUGGCGACUGUAAUCGGCCUUUGCUUGCGAGUUAAGCUUAUGAGAAGCCUGCCAUCUCGCUACAAGGUGGAUAUCAGGGUUGCACCAGGAACCCAUGCAACUGAAGCUGCAGUGAACAAACAGCUAAAUGAUAAGGAGAGAAUAGCAGCGGCAUUGGAGAACCCUAAUCUAGUGGAAAUGGUUGAUGAAUGCUUGGCUCCAUCGUACGCUUGA